UCGGUGGUUUUUCGUUUUGUGUUUCUGUGCUAAUUUAUUAGUUUUUAUUGUUUUAGAAUAUGGAUUUCCAAAGGCAUCGAGGCUGCAGUGCGGUACCACCUGUUGCGAAGCUGUCAAAUGGCUACAUUCUACCAGAGGGCAAACUGACCCCCAAUGCUCUAUUUGUUGGUGGGAUUGACAUGAAGGUGGAAGAAAAUGAAAUGCGGGAGUUUUUUGCAAGAUAUGGUAGUGUUAAGGAAGUCAAGAUAAUCACAUACCGAGGAGGGAUCUGCAAAGGGUAUGGGUUUGUGUACUUUAAUGAAGAAGUCAACAUUCAGUCAAUCAUUGAGCAACAGAUCAACUUUAAGGGCCGGAAACUGAAGCUGGGCCCUGCCAUUAUGAAAGAAAGAGGCUCUCGGUCUUUACCGUCCCGUGUGUUUGGCCCUUCUCCUUGGGUGAGUCCCAGCCCAUACUUUUACUGCACAUGCUGCACACCCAUUGGAGGGGCUAUCCAGCCUUCACCCAUGCCAAAUGGAGGGAACCCCUACAGUCAGACUUACCCCUACUCCACCUUUGGAGGGGUCAUGGUCUCGCAGAUGCCAUUGAACUAUGCUCAGAACCCCUAUGCCUACCAGUAUACACCUCCUCAAUGGACAGGGGACCAGAGGACACGUUCUGUUAACCAGUGCCGCUUCCUGUCAAUGCGACUGGAUGACAUCUUGAUAUUUCAGAUGGCCCGGAAGCAACAAGACUCCUCAAAAGAAUUUUCUUCAAAUGUCCUCCAGCUCCAUCCUUCUCCCCCUGGCUUUUGUGAGACCCAUUUUUAAAACAGACCGCAGAGGAUUUGCCACUGUCACCUGUACCUGAUUAACUAUGAACACUUUUGUCUGUAAUCGGUCGGGGCCACAGCCCUGUGGUCCAGCUGCUUUUAACCCACAUGGAUCAUAGUAAGAGUUGCACAGAUAGAUCAGAGCACCUUCACCCUCGUCGGAAAUAAAUGGGCUCACUUUUUUGUUUGUUUUUUCCCCUGCUUUCUCUCCCCUCUCCUUGUUUAUUGCCUCCCUGAACAAGACACUUUCACGCUCACCUUUUUUGUAUAUAUUUGUUAUAUUUAUUUUGGAAUUCUUUUAAGAUGUUUAAGGGGCUUUUAUCCUCUGAAAUGGCUCUCUGUACAUACACAAUUCAUUUAUAUAUACACUAACAAUGUCUUAGUAACACCCUGGUUGUUUCAGCAUUGGAGGAAUUUGCUGUUUGUACUCCAGUUCAGGUCCAAUGUGCCUCUAAUUGAGAAACUUAGAAACCACCACCAGCACAGCAUACACACACACUUGGUUUUCAUGUUAAUUUAAGCACUCACAUUUAUUCGGUGGUUUCCACCCCCAUCCCUCCCAACAACAACAACCACCACCAUCACCGUGUGUCUACUGUGCCAAGAAAUUGAUGCCAGUGUUGCCGCCUUGUGGCACCUCAUCAUCAUCACUGUGUUCUUGCCUGUAAUAUCAGGUAGUGCCACAAAAACUAUUUGCUACGUGUCUUAGGCACAAUUUGUACAACCAGUGUACCACAGUUCAAAAUGAACCCAUCUUUUUGCUAUUUCACAAACAGUUCCAGGGGUUCACACUCGAGGACAGUCACUGCAUCAGUUAAUAUCCCACAAGACCAAUCAAAUUAUCACUGGGGGCAGGUGGGAACUACUUUAUAAUCUUGAAUUUUUAAGUUAUUUAAUGUGCUCUAUGACGUCAUUUUGAGGUCCACUGAGUGUUAUUUUUCUUACUGUUCUAUUGGCAUUGAGAGUUUUAGCAUAGACAGAGGUGAUCUCGUACCAGUGUUU